CGGCGCUCUCCACCGCGCUGCGACGCGGAGGGCGGCGUCCCCAGGUCAUUGCGGCUGUCGAUUUCGGCGGCGGUGCGGCUGAAGGUGUCAGCCGGGCUGCUGCGCGCAGUAAGGCCGCGUGGAUGCGCUGGUGGAUGCACCAUGCUGCCUCGCUGCAGCAGGGUUGGAUUGACUCCUGUCGCGCCUGUUCGAGCUGUUCCCGGGUGGUGCAAAACCUCCUCUUUCUGCCCUUGCCACGCAGCUGUGGCAAUAAUACUUGCAGGGUGAGCAGCGGCCUGUUCCCGCACCAUGCAACGCUCUCCAGCAAGAAACGAAGACGAUCUGCUCAGACACCGCUCGAGCACGAACUCGAUCCUCUUACGCCGCGCAUCCUCACAACUACUCGACCACGCGUUCCAAAACACCUCAGGCGCUACACACACACUCACUCGCCCACGCCGGCCCCCCUCCCCCCUCCCUCCUCUUCUUUUCCGCAUCCGCAGCCUGCCCGCCAGCAACGCCCUCUUCCCGCUACCGCCCGUGUCCAGGGACGCAGCAGUACGACUAGGCGCAGUAUCCGAAGCCUUAUAUCUGCAGGAGGCUCUGAACCAAACGACGGGUCCCAAUCCCCCGACUCGCGCGUGGUGCCUCUGGCCGGGCCAUUAAACCUCUUGCGUCCGCGCGGAUUGGAUUUCAGGAGAGUGGCAUGCUCCCUGAAGACCGUUCAUUUCAGAACAGCAGCACGGUAAAUUGGGAUCCGCCUGGUGCCGGAGUCGGCCGUCGCGGAUCGGCCUGACAUAGGCGAGGCGGCCAACCAUAUCUGCCCGGUUCUUGGGUCUUCUUCUGGCGGUAAGACUUGGACAGCAUGUCGUUCAGGAGACGUUGUGUAUGGCACAGCCUUGUUUUCCGGGUCGUUAGCA